UUAUCGGUCGUCAUGGAAAUCGCUGUUGAUUUGGUGACAGCCUUAUCAGUAGUAGAUAUGGAGGUCAUGUAAGAAAUGUCCUUUCUAUUCGAUCCAGCUCUGUGCUCUGAAUCCUCUGCAGUCUGCAUCAGCAAAGUGUCUUGGCAUCACUUCUCGUCCUGCGUUGUCCAUUCCGGCGUCAUGUGAAAGGGGCUCACGGUCGGUGGUCUCUCUCGCCUUAGACCCGGACCCUCCUUCCGGUCGAGCUCGUUCGUCAGCGCCGAGGUCCUCGCUCAGGUAGACACGGUGGGGUAGUGUCCCCGUCCCCGCUGUCCCCGGUUUAUCCUGCACCCUUCGGCGUGCGGCGGAGCGGAGGAUGAGCGAGCAAGGGAAGGGCUCGGCAUCUGCCUCUGCCGCGGCCCCGGCACCAGGAUCGGAUACUUACAAAGGCUGGCUUUUUAAAUGGACCAACUAUUUGAAAGGGUACCAGCGGCGGUGGUUUGUCCUCAGCAAUGGCCUGCUUUCAUACUACAGGACGCAGGCAGAGAUGGCCCACACGUGUCGUGGGACAAUCAACUUGGCCACAGCACAUAUCGACACAGAGGAUGCCUGCAAUAUUGUCCUGAGCAGUGGCGGCCGCACUUACCACCUGAAGGCUAGCACAGAGGUGGAGCGGCAGAGAUGGGUCACAGCAUUGGAGCUGGCCAAAGCUAAAGCCAUCCGCAUGAUGAACGAUCAGUCUGAUGACUCGGGGGACGAGGAACCUACAACCCAGUCGGACCGCAGCGAGAUUCAGGGCACCCUGAAGAUACUUGUCAGCAAGCUCGAUGACCUCAGCACAUGCAAUGACCUGAUCGCCAAGCAUGGGGCAGCCCUGCAGCGUUCCCUGAGUGAACUUGAGGGUCUGAAAGUCUCCGUGGAGGGAGGGGAGAAAAUCAAGGCAGUCAAUGAGCGAGCCACCCUCUUCCGCAUCACUUCUAAUGCUAUGAUCAAUGCGUGUCGAGACUUCUUGGACCUAGCAGAGACUCACAGUAGAAGAUGGCAGCGGGCGCUGCAGUAUGAGCGAGAGCAACGUACCCACCUAGAGGAGACCAUUGAGCAGCUAGCCAAGCAGCAUAACAGCCUGGAGCGAGCGUGGAGAGAAGCACCCACGCUUGCGUCCACCACACCCAGUGCCCCUACCACCAACAAGGGGAGUGAGAGGCUGCACAAAGAAGAGGCAAGUGAUGAAGAUGAGGAUACUGAGUACUUUGAUGCCAUGGAGGAUUCCCCUGCAUUUAUCACAGUGACUGCCACUGAGAACACACAGCACAGGCGAUCUCAGAGUAAUUUGAGUGGAGCGAGCGGUGGCCAUUCCAAUGAUUGGAACCAGGACGACAAUAUGUCUCCGAGCUGUAAUGAUGUGUCAGGGAAGGAGCUGCAGCCCCUCAGGCAGAGGCGGACUCGUGUCCCAGACAAGCCCAACUACUCCCUCAAUUUGUGGAGUAUCAUGAAAAACUGCAUUGGCAAGGAGCUCUCUAAAAUUCCCAUGCCUGUAAACUUCAACGAGCCUCUGUCAAUGCUGCAGCGUCUCACCGAGGACCUGGAGUACCAUGAGCUUCUGGACAAGGCGGCUCGCUGCGACUCCUCUCUGGAGCAGAUGUGCCUGAUCGCUGCCUUCUCCGUCUCAUCCUACUCCACCACGGUCCACCGAACAGCCAAGCCCUUCAACCCCCUCCUGGGCGAGACCUACGAGCUCGAUCGCCUGGAGGAAUUUGGCUACCGCUCGCUGUGUGAGCAGGUGAGCCAUCACCCCCCUGCAGCUGCACAUCAUGUGAUUUCCCAACGAGGCUGGACCCUGUGGCAGGAAAUCACCAUCGCCAGCAAGUUCCGGGGCAAAUACCUCUCCAUAAUGCCUCUGGGUGCCAUUCACCUGCAUUUCCACUCCAGCGGGAACCACUAUGUGUGGAGAAAGGUCACCUCCACAGUGCACAACAUCAUUGUGGGCAAGCUGUGGAUUGACCAGUCAGGGGACAUUGAGAUUGUGAAUCACAGGACCAAGGAGACCUGCCAACUCAAGUUCUCCCCCUACAGUUAUUUCUCCAGGGACGUUCCACGGAAGGUGACAGGUGUGGUGUCAGACAGUGGGGGCCAGGCUCACUACAUCCUCUCUGGUACAUGGGACGAUAAAAUAGAGAGUUCCAAGAUCAUUCAGAGCAGCCGAGGGGGCAGUGGAUCAGAGGGCAAACAGAAGACCGUCUAUCAGACAUUGUCUCCCAAACUGCUGUGGAAGAAAUACCCUCUCCCGGAGAAUGCUGAGAACAUGUACUACUUCUCUACGCUGGCACUGACCCUGAAUGAGCAGGAGGAUGGAGUGGGACUGACAGAUAGCCGUCUGAGACCAGACCAGAAGCUGAUGGAGGAAGGGCGAUGGGAUGAGGCAAACUCAGAAAAGCAGAGGCUAGAGGAGAAACAAAGAGCCGUGAGGAGGAGGAGGGAAGCGGAGGCCUCAGACGCUCUGGAUGACGGUAGAGAAUAUGAAGGCUACCAGCCAUUGUGGUUUCACCAGAGGAGGGACUCCGUCACUGGAGAGACAAACUUUGUGUACAAGGGAGGUUACUGGGAGGCGAAGGAGAGACAGGACUGGAGCAUGUGUCCUGACAUCUUCUAACCCAGGAGCUCACCCAGGAUCGCUCUAAACCUCACUGGACAGGGAACUACUUUGCCUCCAGUCCUUAAGCAAGGGGGCGUGCUGGGUUAUGAGCACCGUGUGGACUAUUGUAAGCAUGAGAAUGUGUACAUUUCACACGCUCUCGGAUUACACUGUACCUCCAAAUGUGCAUUCUAGUUCUGUUUUUACUAUGGGGGAAAAGGAAGGUUCUCUGAGUAGUCCUCUUUGACACUAUACUGAAACAGCAGUGAGGUAAUGUGUGGAUGUGAGGUGGCGUUGGAGUUGUAACACCACACAAUAAAGGCACCUGCACACUCCCGAAAUCAGGUGCUCUCUGAAUCCUACUCACAAUGCACUUUUUUGUGUUAAUUUUAAAAGUUUUACCGAUUAGACAGAAGCCCACAUCAGAGCAGCUCACGAUUAUAGACUGACAGCUGACAGAGUCAUAAAUGGGCGCACAGAAACUGAACAUUGUUGAAGGUUACAAGAAAAGUGUCCUCAUCUUCUGUUUUAUUCAGCACAAUUAAGAUGAUGCUAGACCUACUGUAUAAAUCUUUAAUUAGUUCCCUUUUUUUCUUUACGGGAAUGAUUUCAAGUGCUCAUUAUUUGCCCCUUUUUAAGAAAGAGGCUAAGGCUUGGAAAUGGUGUCUGUCUGUUUUCGAUUUUAUUAUUAGUUAUGCAGACACAAAGUGUCAAAAUUAAUUAAAUAAAAAAUACAUCCGUAAAACAUUGUAUAAAUAACUACAGACAAAAUAGUUAAUGUAACCACAGCUGUGUGAACUAAUCAGUAAAAAAAAUUUAUACUCGUUUUCCAGUAUUACAUUUUAUUUCAUGCUGCUUAUUUCCACAGUAGUUUAUCGCAAGUCAGUUUUAUUUCUAUUAAAUUAUCUCAUUUAAUAAUGUGUUUUUUUAAUCAAAAGUCUCAAGACAAACAGAAAGGUACGUAAUUGGCCUCUAUCUGAAUUAGCUGACAGGCAAAGUAGCAUUAUGAUGUAAAACGAUUUUUGAGAAAUAAAUGCACACUUGUUUAAAAUAAAAACAGAAGGAAAGAUAUAAAACUGGAAACACAUUAAACUAUCAUUGUUAAAAUAAGCAAAUAACAGUUCAUUAUAAUGAGCUGUGUUUUAUGAAUUCAUUGGAUUACUUUAUAAUUCUAUGGUUAUGAUAUAUUUUGUCUGUAUUUAUUGAUAUGAUUGUUUACUGUAUUCUGUAUUAUUUAUUUAAUUUUCAACACUUAUAUAAUAUUUGAUUGGGCAAAUCAUCUUUUUCUUACACAGUAGAGGCUGAUUUAUCUGAACUGAUGAAAUAUACAGCAGUGCAGAAUUUUAUUUGGAGUGAAUGUUGGAGUUUCCCUCCAUAUAUGUGAAACUCCAGACUGUUAAGUAGUCAACUAGACUAUAGUCCAUGUAGAGAUAAUGAUAUUCCUUUCAUAUUUUAAAAAUAAACUGCCUCUAUACUUAAAUGCAUUUUAGUCAACAUGCUUCAGACAUCUUCCAUGUGUGAUUCUGAUUAGUAAAGUUCUGCAGUAGUCAGUCCUUUAGUUGUAACACAUUAGUGCAACAGUGCAGCAUUGAACAUCCAUGUCACUCUAAUAGGAAUCUCCAUCAAAGAAGUGAAUACGCACUUUUCACUGUGGUUGACAAUAGGUUAGUACAUAUCUCUGUGUUGAUGUUACAUGUACUUUACCUUGUUCUCUGGUGCUCUCCCAUAGCAACACAUACCGAAUCCUUGGUGACCAUUUUCAGUGACAUCAUCAUUCUCAGUGAUCAUACAAAGCAACACAUCGCUAAGAUGUUGAGUAGUUACCCCCCAGGACAUCCAGGAACAUGUUGGUUUCUAUAGUGUGCAUUGCACUAGCUCCACAGCCUCCAUCAGUCACUAGUUUGUAGCUCAGAUGUUUCCAGUAGGACAAAUUGUAAGUUAAGUGAGUGGAGCAGUUUCUCUGAGGAGUCCGGAGUGGCUUCAGCUGACAGGAGAUCAGGGGUAAUAAAAGCACACAGGGCUGGUUCCUGUAGCACACCGCUGUUCAGCCAGCCACACAGGACUCCCCCAGCUGCUGCUCCAGACUCAACACAGCUCACACGUGUACUCCUUUCAUUCGGUGUUUGUGGACAUGCUGAUCUGGGAUCAGCUCACGAAGGUACCCUCAGUCUUUUGCCUUUAACUGACUGAACAAGGGAAAGAGUCCCCUGACCUGUGCACUACACGUCUCCGGUGAAAAAAGUUUUGAAAACCAGUUGGUAUUUUUUUGUAAUUAUUGUUAGGAAUGUAGAAUUCAAGGCUGGAGGUGUUGUAUCUACCGUCUAGUCCAUUUGUGUGAAUAUUUGUGAUAAGCGAAUGAUAUUGUAAAAUGAAGAAUAAUUAUACUAACUCUGUGAAUUAAGUUAUCUGUACAGCAUAGUUCACAUCUAAAAAAAAAAAAAAUUUAAAAAAAAAAAAAAAGACUGAAUGAGCCUGAAGGAUUUGCUGUAAUUUUAACUUUUAAUCUCCAGAUUGAUGUUAACCCUCAAUUUGGCUGCAGAUUUCUUGUUUUGUAUUUCCAAAAACUGUCUUGACACACUGAAAAUAUUUUUUUAUAGAGUCCUUGAUACUAGCACAUUAGUAACCGUGGUUCAGUGAUGAUUUCAUAGAUCAUAUCUGGCAGUUCCUCUGAUGUGCAGGCCAUAAAGAUGUAUAAAUGCACUGGAAAAGAAAUUAAUUCACUUAGAAUAUUCACAUAGAGUGAAGGAGAUUUUCAGCAUGAUAAUAUGAGCUGGUAAAAUGUAAAAUGUUUAUCUUUGAGAUUGUUUAUCAGUGAAUUCAUGAUUUGAUAAUGAAAUUAAUAAUGAUUGAUGUAGUUUUUUGCACAAAAGAUGCUUCUGCUCAUUAACAUAAAAUGUUUGCGUGCA